CACUCACAGUCUGUGUGGAACAUAUCAACCCUGUGAGGAACUGAGGUCCACAAGUAUCCAGAAAUUAUAGUCUCAAAGGAUAAAGGUUAAGAAACAAUCCAUUUGUCUGCCAUGUGUACUGGAAAGUGUGCUAAAUGCAUUGGAUGCAUUCUGUUUCCAUUGGGUCUCUUAUCCAUAGUGUCAAACAUCUUGCUGUUUUUUCCCAAUGGUGGUGUGUGGAGAACUGAGGAAAUCACAGAAAAGAUCUGGUUUUUUCCUGGGGUCAUCGGAGGUGGAUUAUUGGUGUUAUUACCUGCUUCAGUGAUGUUUACUGCAGGGGCUAAUAGGAGCUGCUGUGAAAACAGUUGUGCGAUGAUGAUGUCCAUGUUGAUGUCUGUGCUGGGUGUAGCUGGAGCACUGUACUGUAUGAUCGUCUCUGUCGUUGGUUUACAGGAUGGCCCUCUCUGUGACACUGGAGAUGGAACCUUUAUCUACCCCUUUUUUAACCAGACUCCAGAGGAGAGUUACUUGUUUGACCACACAGCUUGGACAGAAUGCAAAAGGCCACAAAAUGUGGUUAUGUGGAAUGUGGUUCUAUUUUCAAUUCUUCUGGGCGUUGGUACCAUGGAGGCUAUGCUUUUACUAGCACAGGUGGUCAAUGGACUCAUCGGAUGUCUGUGUGGAACGUGUAUGAACAAUAAUCAGCAAACUCAAGAUGGCCUGAACUAAACACCUGGAACCUUCAGAUCUACAAAAAAUAUAUGAAAAACCGACUCAAGUGAUGAAGAUUGUGUUUUUUGUGAAUUAUGUAAUUUUUUUUAUGACCAUUUUGUAAUAUUGAAACAACAGAUGAUCAAAAUAAUGACAAUCAAAUUUCAUAAUUAUUAUUAUUGUAAGGCAGCUGGAAAGUCCUAAGAAAUAAGGUUGUUUUUGAUAAUGGAACACAAAACAAUGAAACCCCAUUUGUUGCUAGAUCCUGAGGAAUGAUAUUCUGCCCUCCCCUCAGGGGUUGUUGAUGCCCAGGAAUUGAACCCCCUCUUCUUAUGACACCUCUCCCCUUCAUCUCUUCAGGCCCUGAUCACUGGGAAAAUGCUUAUGCUUUAUACUGUGUAUAUCAUUUAUUGUCAUAGUAUGAAGUUUUUAUGAUGGUAUUGUUUUAAAGGUCACGGUGCGAUGGGUAAAAAGGUCUUGUUCCUUAAAAUCUAACAGAGAGUAUACUAAAAUUGUUUAACUCUAAUCCAUCAAAUGCACAGAGGUGUGACUUUCCAGGGAAUCCUGAUUACAUGUAGAUUGAGAUCUCAUUUGAUGUUCUCUUCAGUGACGAGUAAACAAACAAACCAAGUUUCUCGCUGACCAUUGACUUUGUUACAUCUGGGUAUAUAAGGUGAAUUGGCAAAAGACUCGGGGAAGCUUCUGUAACCAGAACUUCCCACAUUGCAGCUGUGUGUCUCGAUUUGGAAGAAUCUGUAACCAGAACUUCCCACACUGAUACUGUGUGUCUCGAUUUUACCAGGUAUGAUAAACUUUGUUUGUUUUAUUUUAUUCUUUUAAUAUGUUGAUUAUCGUUGCUGAUUAAAUUAGGAAAUUCUUUGAAUAUGUAUUCUAUGAUUCUAAUUAAUGUUGUGCCU